CACGCCCCCUCUGCCGGCGCCGCAGUAACGCCGGGUCCCGCUCCCAUCCCCCUCCUCCCCCCGAACAACAUGGCGGGGCUGGGCAGCGGGGAGCGCUGGGCCGAAGCCUUAAUUGACGCAAUCAGAAGGAAUGCAUGCCCAACAGAGGAAAACAGUGAGAGUUCUGACUUCUGUGCUUGCAGCGACUGUAUGAGAGGGAAGAAGGAGAAGUGCGACAAUGAGAGGGGUCAAGCAGGCUCUGGAGAAGCUAGUAUGACGUACACAGAGGAGCAGUUGUAUGGGGUACAAAGAAUAAAGAAGUGUAGCAAUUAUUAUGAAAUUUUGGGAGUUGAGAGAGAUGCCAAUGAGGAGGAUUUGAAGAAAGCUUAUCGAAAACUGGCCCUUAAAUUUCACCCUGACAAGAACUGUGCUCCUGGAGCAACAGAAGCUUUUAAAGCAAUAGGCAAUGCUUUUGCCAUUCUGAGCAACCCUGAAAAACGAAUACGAUAUGAUCAAUUUGGGGAUGAGCAAGAGACUUUCAGCACUCCCCGGGCUAGGAAUUAUGAUUAUUACAGGGAAUUUGAAGCAGACAUCACACCAGAAGAAAUAUUCAACAUGUUUUUUGGUGGGCACUUCCCUACAGGAAAUAUUCAUAUGUUUUCAAAUGUAACACCAGACACCCACUAUUAUCGGCGGCGACACCGAAAUGAGAGAGCCUGGACGCAGGACAAAGAGGAGGAAGAGAACAGGCCUCAGAAUACGUACUCUGCAUUUAUUCAGUUGCUGCCUGUUUUGGUGAUCAUAGUUUUGUCAGUUAUAACUCAGCUGAUGGCCACUAAUCCACCAUACAGCCUGUUCUACAAAUCGUCCAUAGGCCAUACCGUCUCUAGAGAAACACAAAACCUGCAUGUGCCUUAUUAUGUUGAUAAAAACUUUGAAAAUAGUUAUAAAGGAGCAGAACUUCAAGAGCUAGAGAAAACUGUUGAAAAGGAUUAUAUAGAUUAUAUCCAGACCAGCUGCUGGAAGGAGAAACAACAAAAAUCCGACUUGUCGAAUUUGGCCAGAUUAUACAGAGAUGAGCGAUUAAAACAGAAAGCAGAGUCACUGAAACUUGAGCACUGUGAAAAGCUCUCCAAUCUUAUUGGACUACACAAGGGGGGCUGAGUAGGCCAGACAAAUGCUGGGUUAUUUAUUGCUGUUUUAACUUGUUUCUAUUUUCCUUUGUAUUUAUUAAGAAAAGAAAAAGAUCCUAAUGAAAAAUCUUAAUAAUUGGUAACUUUGUAAUUUUCACCAAAUUGGGCAACCCUGAGCCAUAGACACAGUAUUUGCUCUAAUAUACUGUAUAUUCUGUUUGGUUCCAAGGACCAAUGGUAUUCAGUGUAAAUUAACUCCCUAAAAUGUAGCUUAGUGUGGCACCAGUCUUCAUUUGAUAUAGUUUUUCUGCCACCCAAGCAACUUUGCUUGCCAGAAAAGUAUACAUAAUAUCCCAUACACUCUGUAUUUUAUUUGGACAUAGAUCACACUCAGUCAUUCAGGUGAUGUAGUUUUCAGUUGUAUGCUGGCAUUCCCAUAUUCAUCUGAAGCUGAUGUCGUUGCAUCCAAAAUGGCUUGUGGAAAAAAAAAUAGGGGGCAUACUCCCUGCUCCAUUCUACUUUCCAGUGCUUAGCUCAGGUAUUCAUCAAGGCCUUGAUUCAGCUAAGUACCUAAGCAUGUACUUAGGUCUCAUUGAAGUCAAUGAGAUUUAAGCAUGUGCUUAAAAUUAAGCAUGUGUUAAGUGCUUUGCUGAAUUUAGAUCCAAACCUGUACUAUUCUUUUAUAAUUAGUGAUGUAAUUAACCCAGACUGCAAGUAGGAACUUGGAAUUGUUUGUUCCUGCAAUAGCAUCUCAGUUGCUAACAUUCAUUGCUGUGCACGUGGGAUGCAUUCCUGGAGUCCCUGCUCUUGCCACAAUAUCUCAUUUGAAUUCACCCAUUUAUCCUUUUCUCUCACAUGGAAAACUUGCAAUGAUAACAUUCAUUGUGAAAUUUACAGCUAUUCUUUAGCUAAAUUUGAAGGAUGCCAGUGGACUUAAUUAAGCAAAGGUGUAUCCCAUCUCUUUUGCAAUGAGUGGGAGAAGCUUUCCCACAGCUAACUAAGAAAACCAGCUCAAACUUUGAGUUUCAUUGUAAUCAGAAACUUACAAGAGGUGAUAAUUCGUUAAAUUUACAGUAGGAAAGAAAUCUUAGGUGGAUUCUUAUGACUGCCAAGCCACUGGAGAAGAGACUGCAGAUGAAUUUUUCUCAUGUAUUCUAUUCAGUGGCACUGUAUUUUUAUUUUUUAAGCUUAUUGUCUAGUUUGAUUUUAUCUCCAAGCCUUCUCUGUCUUCUUGCUCCAACAGAGAUUCUGCAUGCAGUUUUUUGAUACAGUUCUUAUUUAACACAUUCUUGCUUUGGUGUGCAAUUGUCAUGCAUGUUUCACUCUAGAGAUUGGAUUUUUUUUUCUUUGUAAUACUAAUUUAUUACUCUCCUGUUUUAUAAUCCUCUUUUAUAAAAUCUGACACUUAAUGGAAGGCAGAGGAAGAGAUGUACUCAUAAGCAGCAGAGAACAAAAUGUUUUUACAAAUAAUCAAGUUACUGGGUGGGUUACUCUAGUGCAGGUCAGCUAGUGUGUGCUGCAUUACCAUUAUAAUCUAGUUUAACUGGCCUAGGAACUGUAAGGCUGAUUUUCCAGUGGACUAGAUCUGAUGUAGAGGCUCUUAUGCCACACAACCACCCUGCUGCCAGUGUAGCAGGGAAAAGAGGGCAUGGCCCAGAUGCUUCUGCAACAUGUCAAUCCUCAGUUGCAUUUUGGCCCCUUGUAACUAUUUCAGCCUGGUGUAAAUUAGAGCAUCCUUUGAGCUGUUCUAACAGUACAAAGAGACCGGCCUGCAUGCAGCUGCAGAAGGAUCAAGGCUAUCCAAAGGUGGGGUUUUAAACCACCUAUGCCUACCCCCUUAACGGGACUCUCCGUCUACAAAUUUGUUGAACAGACUCUUCUAGAGGAUGAAAUUGUCUUUUUCCACAAACCAGGUACAUUACAUGUAGUGGUAAUGCAGGCUUCUCCAUCUUCAGCCCGGAUCUAGUGACAAUAGUGACUCUUGUAAUGUGUUGACCCCCUCCACUAGAACUAAUCCAAUACUCCACCCACUUUUAAACCUCACUAUCAGUAGUGCAGGUAGCCACAGUUUGCUUUUUUUUUUUUUAAAUCUAGGAGAUCACAUACAAAAUACUACCUUAGGAUAAUGUUAAGGUUGCAAAGUCAUGGGCUCCAAAGUUACGAAAUGGCAGAAUUAAGGUUGCCUGUGCAGUGUCAAUGCACUCCCUGUGUAUAUGCAUUAUGAUGCAGUCUAUAAUUACAUGAUCACAUACUAUUUUUUUUCCACGGGACCCCUGCCUCAUUCAAUGUACAGGAUGCACAUUGCUGAGGAAAAAUGAAUCCGGGUUGCAUAGAGACAGUUGUCUGUAGGACUGUUUAUUGUAGAAAUUGGAAGGUGUGUAGGGAAUGAAAUGGGAUUGCAGUAAGAGAAAGGAUAGUUUGAUGGCCAAGGCAACUGAAUUCCGCACUUGAAAAGUUGGAUUCUGUUCCUGCCUCUGCCAUAGAGUUUCUGUGUGGUGCUGGGCAAGUCACUUAAGCCAAACUUUUUUCACAGGUGGCCACUAGUUUGUGAGAGCCUGAUUUGAGACACCUGGGGACUGAGUUGCAGAAGUGCUGAGCACUCACAACUGUAGGUGAAGUCUGUGUUUUGAACAUAUAAAGUGAUAUAAAAUACGAAGUUUUCUGAAAAAUCAGACUACAGGCACUUUGGAUACUUUUGACAGGAAUCUCUCUGCCUCAGCCCCCAAUAUGUGAAAGGGGAAUAAUACCCCCUUUUCUCUAAGGGUGUUGUGAAGAUACAUAGAUUAAUGGUUGUGAAGCACUCAAAUACUAUAGUGAUAGAAAACCCACAAAGAAAUUAAAUCUGUAUUUGGUGCAGGGCUUGGAUGGCGUGCAGUAUAAAUAAGGAUGGACGUCACAGACUGCUCAAUGAGGAUAAAACAAAAUACUGAGUAGCUGCUUAUUCAGCAAGCAACAUCCAUCCUGUGCUCUAAAUGAGGCAGAGAUCCUGCAGGGGGAAAAAAUAGUAUGUCAUCAUAUAAUUAAAGAUUGUAUUGUGCACUCUCACAAGGGUGCCAAAUUAACAUUUCACAGGUGACCUUAAUUCUGCUGUUUCCUAAUCUGAGUGCUGUACUUGACUUUGUUUAUACAAAUUUUUUAAUAUAGCAUUGUAUAUGUAAUUUGAUAUAAACCACAAUAGAUUUUAUGUGAAUAGCAGGUCAGUGUUUACACUGAGUUUAGUAUCCUCCAGUUAUUUCUAAUUUAUGCUCCCAGUACUAUCAAAAAUGUGGUAGGAAAACUGAAUGCUAUAAUCUGGUUAGACACAUAACAUGUACUGUAUAUAACUUGAAUACCUGAUAUUUUGUAUUUACACUAUAUUGCACCUUUCAUCCAACAAUCUUAAAGUGUUUUAUAGAGGCUGGACAUAAUCUACAAGAAGCAGAUUAGGAGAUUUCUGUGGGACUAAAAAGAGACCAUGAUUAAGUGGAAAACAAGACUGAAAAGUAAAGAGAUGUUUUAAAAAACAGUAAGAUGUUCUGUAUUCAGAAUCAUGGCAUCAUAUCGGAGAUUAAAAUCCUUCUCUGACUACUUCAAUGCCAGUAUUCUAGAGUAUGUGAGUAAAAACAAUUAGCAACAUAAAAUGUCUUGUGCUAAUGUUUGUCACUACUUCUGCUUUUGCUAGAAAAUAGAUAAAAUAGAUCAAAUCUAGUCAAAUAUUUCUAAGGUAAUAGUAACUCGUUAAAUGAACUACUUUCUUUAACCAGAAGGCAUUUACCAAAUUGUGAUCAACUUCUAUUUCCUGGUCUUUAAAUUAGAGUGUUUUUCUGAGCAGCAAGUAGGGCGUGUUCAUUUUGAUUUAGGCUUCUAAUAUUUCCUGCCAUUAUAUAAAUAUGAGCUGUGUAAGGACAUUUAUUACUUUUAAGAAGGUGCUUGAAGCUUUGUAAGCCCUCCGGGCUGUUUGUUUGAGAAUUCCAAAAGGUUUGUGAAUAUGAUUAUAUUUUUAGAAAUGAAGGAUUUCACAUUCUAAUUUAUGUACAUACUGUGGGUAAAAAGAUACUGAAUAUGAAGAGACGUGGUUGUGGAGUUUUGGGCUUUAUCAUGUGAAAUUGACAAUGUGCAAUAGUUUCCACAAAGACUUCUAAUAUAAAAUGAAUUACUGUCCCACUGGUGGCCAUAACCCUGAAGCAAUGGUUCAUCAGUUACUUGUGAAGAUGGAACACUCUUGGCUUCUUAAGCAGCCUGGGGGUGGGGGACAAGGCAGGGCAGCAUUGCCACUUGAAAAGCCUGUUCUCCUCCACACAGAGAAAGCAAAGCAGUUUUUGAAGGCUGUCCUUGGAGAUACUAGAUUACCUUUUCAGACCAAGCCAUUAAUGCUGUCUUCCUAUCUAUCGUCCACUUGAAAUUCCCAAUCUCGCUUCUUCUUGCCAGCCCCUGAGACAACAUAAGGUACAAACUCUAUCCUUAGAUGUACUCACACAAAUAUCAUUUAAGCCAAUGACAGAUGUAUACCUGUAUCCAAAGGGAGAAUUUGGCCAUAUGCUUUGGAAACAUGGCUCUAUUGUGUGAUCUUCUCUGAUGCACUGGAUUUUGAUAGGAACAGCCCACGAUAACCCGUUAAUUGAUUCUAGAAACAGUUUUGCACUUUGCUCUGUUGCAAAGUGCAGUAAUGUUAGAACAUACAGAUUAUAGUCAGGGUUAACUAUGUAUUUUCUUCAAUAUUUGUCCAACUAAAGAGAUGUUCACUUUGUGGGUAAAUACAGCUGGUAGUGUAAACUAAAGAUUUCCAUUUCCUGGUGAUAUUAUUAUAAAUUAUUUCUUACCUAAGCAGGCAUGACACAUCAAAAGGUGCAGCAUUUAUUUUGUUGGUUUCAAACUUUUGUUUAAUGGAAAGUGCAACCUUAGUAUUCGUAUUUAUUUAACUUAUUUCAGUAGGAGAUGUUAAAGUAUUUUCUGAAUGUAUAUUCCAUUUACCUUAAGUAAAUCCAUAUUGGCCAUACUGUAAUAGUGUAUCAGUCCAUUGAACCUUGACUGUACAGUUCUAAUUUAUAUAAGUUGUAUAUUUGUGUAUAUUUCCUCUCCGUAUUGUUACACUAGAUGAUUAGAAAAUAAGCUGUUCUGUCCUUACUACAGUAAGAAUUCUUGAAAAAUCAGUUCUGUCUUGAUUGGUGGGUCUGAAUAAUCAGCUCAGUUCUUGAGACCUUAGUUUGUUUUGACUUGUGUACACUCUUAAUCAGAAGAUAAAGUUUUUGUAUUAAAUGUAA